AUGGACGUUGACGACAGCACGUCUCAGUCUCAGCCUGGAUUGUAUUCCCAACUGUCUCCGUCACAUCUCAAGGCCGAGGAGAUCCGCUACCUCCAAGCAAUCCGGGUGUUCGACGUGCCCAAGGAUCCCAUCAUCAAAGCUCUGUUGACCGCGUACAUCAAGCAUGUGCACUAUUUCUUCCCCGUGCUUGAUCUCCGCGCCUUUCUGGAGUCGGUUCUGCUCCACCGCGGCAAGGAUCAAGACUCCGACCCCGACCCCGACCCCCGCCGCCGGGUCAGCCUUGUGCUGUUGCAUGCCGUCCUCGCCGCUGGCCUGGUCUACGUCGAGCAGGACGUGGUGAAGCAGGCCGGAUGGAGCACCAGGGAAGGGUUCCGCACCGACCUGCUUCGGAGGGUGAAGGCUUUAUACCACAUGGACUACGAGCACGACCAAUUGGUCCUCUGUCAGAUAUCGCUCCUGGUCAGUCUCGCCGAGGAAGACCCUGACCGGCCGGACGAGAGCCGGAGAUGGCUUGACCUGGCCUGGCUGCAUCUACAGUCGUCAUCGUCCUCCUCCACCACCAGCACCACCACCACCGUCUCAGACUCCCUCUCCCUGGGAUGGUCAGGGCAGCCCAAACCGAAACUGGUCCCCCAGGCGGCCAUUUGGCGUCGACUCUGGUGGGCCUGCUAUGUUCAAGACCGUCGUCUGGCCGUGGCGGCCCGGCGGCCAGCUCUGCACCCGUCCGGCAGUGACCCGGCCGAGAUUCCCCAGCUGUCGCGCCGAGACUUCGAGGUGCGAUGCCACUCGACCAUGAUCACCGAGGCGUUUCCCUCGCUCCCCAUGCUCCGCAGCGCCGAGGUGCAGGAAGAGCUGAUCCGGCUGUGCAUCGCGCACAACGAGCUCUAUACGCAUCUCGACUGCAUCACGAGGUGCGAGGGCGUCACCUUUGCCCAUGGGCCGUGGGCCUGGGGGCCUCGACAGCGUCAGGACUCGAAAGGAGCCUUGCGCCAGAACCAACACCAAAAACCCCUCCUCACCUACGACUAUUGCUACCACCGGCUGUUUGGCUGGGUCAAGACACAUGCCCACUAUGUCCUGCGCAAACACAGCUUCGGCCAGACCGACAAAACCGUCCUGGCGCGAUAUAUCGAGCUUCAGAUCAUGUCGACCUCGGCCCUCAAUCUGCUGAUUUCUUCGCGGCUUUCGCCUUCGCUUUCGCCUUCACCUUCUUCACCUUCAGCCUCAGCCUCACCUUCGAAUUCAACCACAGAGCCCCAGUCUGCCGUUGGCGGGAUCCGAACCGGGAUCGGAACCUCCGACAUUGCAGCUCCAAACAUAAACAGGCCGGCGGCCGUCUUCAAGCUCUUGCAGUCCGCCACGGACGUCAGCAACGCCUUCAUCACGCUGGAAACCCACGGCCUGCUGCAUUGCAUGUCGCCCGGCGUGCUGCAGCUGUUGAUGCCGGCGGCGGCGAUUUAUUUCCAGCAGUGCUCGUCGCCCACGGGCACUGGCCGGCCCGCCAGUCUCUGGAGGCUCAGCCAAUGUCUGGGAGUAUUUGGUCGGAUGAGGACCACUUAUCCCUCGGCCGAGACGGCCUCUGCCUUUCUGGAGAAAUCUAUCGCUCAGUGGAUGGCCUCGGGGGGCUCGCUCUCCCACCUGGUCGGCUUGGAUAGCCAAGGUCUGCCCGAGUCGAACGGUGAUGGUGCGAUAUCUCAGUCAACUAGAUUCGGAUUCGAAUUCGGACGAGGAGCCAGUCCAAGCACCAGCAGCGAGAGUCGACUUCAAUCAAGCACCAAUGAGAAUCAAAUCCAGUCAAGCACCAUCAACGAGAAUCAGAUCAAGUCAACCACAACCACAACCACAACCUCAGCUACACUCAGCCAAGGGCCAGGGCCAGGCUCAAUCGCCGGGACCGGGAGUGAGAUCAGUUUCUUUGACCCAGACAUGAUCCGCCCUCCUUCUCUCGUGUCAUCCGACGGUCUGGAGGAAUCGACCCCGAACGAAACCAUCUCGACGUCAUACGCCACCCCGAGCGAUCUUGAAGCUGAAGGCCAAGACCAAGAGCAAGACCGAGAGCAAAACCAAGACCAAGACCAAGACCAACAUCCCCCUAGGUGGCCCCGAGACAAAACCACCAGCUUGCCACAACACGGUCUCAGCCUAUCUCCAGCUGCCUCUGCCGCUGCCGCCGAUUCUGGCUUUGAUGACGACUACAACUACGAGCCCCUUGUGGCCUGGCACGCCAGCGAGUUCUCUCGCGGCUACAUUGUCAUGAGCGACACCGGGCUCGGGUCCAAAGAUGACAUUGAUCUCAAUCUUGAUCUUGAUCUGGACGCCGCCCUCGAGAGUGACGUCAAGUGCAUUGCACCGAGUCAAUUGACUCUUUAG